AUGGAUCACCGAUCUUCCAAUAUCCUCCCGGCAGCCUCUCAAAAGAGCACUACGCCUCUUGCCGCUGUUCUCGACUACCAUCGCGCCUCGGACACGUCGGUUGAGUCAACCCCUGCGGGUGGCGAGACUCUGGGCGUCCGUGCACGCAGAUCGACCGAAUCCAUCUCUUCUUCUAUCUCUACCCAAACAACCGUCCCCACUAGCCACCGAGACACCUCUCGCGAUCCUCACAGUAACCGCUCUUCUCAUUCCCACCGCCUGUCUGCCAACGACUUGCCCGACGAGCUUCUCAAGAGCUUGGGCCUUGGCGACGGGCAGCUCGACCAAAGUUCCGGUGACUCCUUCUCGGGUAUCUCUUCUGCAGUAGACAUGACCCCCUCGUCUGCUGGCAUCGGAAGCGUAUCCUCUACUCCCGCCGAACUCAGCUUCGGUCCUCAGAGUGUUCCCUUCACGCUCAAACGCCGCGAGUUGAUCAACGAGGGCACUCCUUCGCGACCAGGCACUGCAUCUUCCUCCUACUUCCAGAUGCGCCAAGACGAGUCCUACCCGGUCAAUAUUUGCGCUGUCAAUUCAGGCUCAUCCACAUCUACCGACCAGGCUGCCAAGACGCAUCCAGACAAGAAGUCUCUCUCUUCCUGGCGUCGCACCCAGAUCCUUACGGCCAAGAGGCCAGAGCUGGCCCCGGAUACCAAGCCGCAGGCCAUUCCUACGUUGUAUGGCCCCCACUCUUUACCCUACGCUAGAAACCCCAGCGGAGUGGACGCUACCGCGGCCGACGAGACUGCUUAUCUCACCCAUGUUUUUGGUCUUCGCCCCGCCACAGGCGGGGCUUCUGAAACCAACACACAACAAUCAGCCCGGGUUGCAUCCUCCGGUUCGGACUCUUCUGGUACGCAGUCCUACCGAUCCACCUCGACUUCGAGUGUCUACAACAACGUCAUCGCUGCGAGGAAGAAGUCUCGAGAUGCUAGGGUGUUCAGUGGAAUAGAGACAGACGAGACGUACUUGGUGAAGCCUUCGAUGGCACGGAGCUCUCACCAGAAGACCAAGAGUGGACCGGGAAUGAUUGGUGAAACCAGAGGAGGGGUCGUUUCCUUCAACUUUGACACACUUCCGCUUGGUAGCCCAGCUAGUCAACAAGACACCGACUCGGUCAGCGACUCUGCCAAUAGAGCCAAGAACAUCGUCCUCCCCGAUCAAGAAGGCAAACGUGUGGUUUCUGAGAGCGCUCUUCUCGAGCCCAAGCUUGGUACUUCGAUUCUCGGCCCCUCCAAGUCAUUCGCCAACCUUCGUGACGCCUCACGACUCUCUCCCAUCCCAGGAUCACCGUCAGGCUUCAAUCGCACCCUUAAUGCGGCUUCUAUCAGGCAAGCUUACAGAGCCAGGAUCCGCUCUGCCUCCAUGUCUCGUGUCCAGCCCUCUCAUUUGUCUACUGCCGCCCACCCUGAUGACGACACUUCAUCUUUCGCCACUCCCAUCCGGAUUCCGGCCUUCGUCCCCAUCUACUUUGACCCCGCUUCCGGAACCUACGGGGUAGGCAUAUCGCCCGAAGCUACAACCAUGCCUAGCUCCGACGAUGAGCCCUCUCGCCCUACCCAGGCUGGACUCAAGAUUCCUCACCCUCAAGCUCCCUCUGCCCAGAUCAGCAAGGCCGACACUAGCGACAACUGGCGUCACAAAUUUAGACCUACCUCGACUGUCAGACCAAAGAAGCUCUAUACCCCUGUCAGCUCUCAGCCUCAGACCCCUUCUACUGGCGGCUUCCGCAACGAAGCAGGAUUUUCGUCGUCCGAGGUGAUGACGAUUGACAAGCUCUUUGAGAAGUAUUCCCCUCAGGUAUCGUCCGAGACAUCUGCUGAAGGUCCCAAGCUCUCGCAUACUGCUGUGGCACCGGCUCCGGCAUCCGCAGCCGCUCACCAUGUCCUCACCAAUAUCACCAAUGUGGAAAUCUCUAAGUCGUCUCGAGAUCAGCGAUCCAAAUCUCCUCAGGGUGUACUCCGUCAUCGCCUUGCACCCGCUGCGUCCAUCGUCCCCAAGGGGACCCCAGGGGCUGGAAGGCUCUUGAAGAAGUCAGUCAAGGUGAAAGACGAGGAUGACGAGAAUUCCCUUCCGCCGGUACCUAGGGAUGCGGUAGCUGCUGUGUCUGAAGAGUCGGGGUGA